AUGUCUGCGUUCGGCUAUCUACUUGACCGCAGCGUGGGGCUGCCAAGUCGCGCCUAUCGCGACAGCUUCUACACCCGUCAGACUGCUACCUUACUGCAGCACGCGCCGUCGACCAGCAACUUCAUCUUCCGACAAGGGAUGCGUGUCUGGAGCUUCUCUUUGGACCCAGCGGAGCAGCGUUUCCUGCUGGUUGGUACUUCCCAGUCCCAACUUUUGGUAUUUGACCUGCACACACUAGACGAAGCCGACGCCACCUGUAACUCUACGUACACCACGACCAACACUCUUGAUCCCAUUUGCGCUGUUGGAGCCAAAACGGAGAGUGCCCAAACCUUACAAUUUGGUAUUUCGAUGGUCGACUGGUACCCUGUUGACGGUGGGUUGUGCAUUUCCAGCUCGCUGGACGAACAUGUGAAAGUUUGGGAUUUCGAGACUUUUUCUUGUGUCAGUACGUUACAUUUACGUAGUAAAAUAUUCAGUGCAAAGUUCUCCCCCGUGGGUACAACACACACGUUGAUCGCUGCUGCGACUUCACGAGGAGAAGUGCGACUGGUGGAUAUGGAAAGUGGCGCCACCGCGCACAGUUUAUUAGGCCAUAAAGACGAAAUUUGGUCGCUGGACUGGUCUCCAGCAAGUGAAUUUUUACUUGCCACAGGCUCAAGAGAUGGCGAGAUUCGGCUCUGGGAUAUCCGACGAUCAGGAGCGACGGCGUGUUUAUUGUGUUUAAACCACGAAGGAAAGGCCACUGUACCGGGUAGAUCGAGUUUAUAUACUAAUGUGAAAAGAGAAAACCCCAUGUCAUUGUCGGCUGCUGCUACAGCCAGAAAACGACAGCGUGUGGGUGGAGCGUCAGAGGCUCAAGCAAGAGACCGACAACGAGUGAGGUCCAGAGUGGAUGACCAUCAUUCGAGACUACACGCCUCGACAUAUCGAGAGAAUAGGAAUGAUCCUCAUGCUGCAGCGACGAUGUCACUUGCUAUUGCUCAUUAUGCAGGGGUGACGAGCUUGUCGUAUACCCCUGAUGGGAGAUUUCUACUGAGUAAAGGUAUGGACGACAAGCUUCGAUUAUGGAACGCGACGUCGGGGGAACAUCAGUUUAUGAAUUAUACAGGAGUGCGGAGAACGCAACCUCGAGCUGCGAGAAAUGUACAAAUGGCUGUAGUUCAAGAAGGUGACGCCUGGGAGAGUACGACGGUAUUUGUUCCCAAUGGGUCGGAAGGAGAGUUAUGCUCGUAUCGCGUUUUUGGAGAUAAUGGUGCACCGCUAGGGUCUGUCACUGCCCACUAUCAACAAAUAACUGCUUGUCUGUAUCGAAAAACUACUCGUGAAGUCUACUCAGCAGGUGAAGAUGGACUCAUCAUGAAAUGGAAACCUCCACCUGUUGAGUUGAAUCCCGACUCUGUCGACGAGGAACAUGUCGAUUUUAGAGGACACAAUGGCGACGUGGAAGCGAUUACCGGUGCUACUGCUGGCGAUGAAGAUACGUGGAGUGAAGACGAAGAAGACGCAGGAACGGGUCAUGAAUUUAUUCCACCAAUUCUACGGGAUGAAUUCUAG